AUGAAGAGAGGCAGCUCCAUCCCAGCAUCCCAGAGAGAGGCAGCUCCAUCCCAGCACCCUGGAGAGAGGCAGCUCCAUCCCUCAUCCCAGAGAGAGGCAGCUCCAUCCCUCAUCCCAGAGAGAGGCAGCUCCAUCCCUCAUCCCAGAGAGAGGCAGCUCCAUCCCUGCACCCCGGAGAGAGGCAGCUCCAUCCCUCAUCCCAGAGAGAGGCAGCUCCAUCCCAGCACCCUGGAGAGAGGCAGCUCCAUCCCUGCAUCCCAGAGAGAGGCAGCUCCAUCCCUCAUCCCAGAGAGAGGCAGCUCCAUCCCAGCAUCCCAGAGAGAGGCAGCUCCAUCCCUCAUCCCAGAGAGAGGCAGCUCCAUCCCUGAAUCCCAGAGAGAGGCAGCUCCAUCCCUGCACCCCGGAGAGAGGCAGCUCCAUCCCUCAUCCCAGAGAGAGGCAGCUCCAUCCCUCAUCCCAGAGAGAGGCAGCUCCAUCCCAGCACCCUGGAGAGAGGCAGCUCCAUCCCAGCACCCUGGAGAGAGGCAGCUCCAUCCCUCAUCCCAGAGAGAGGCAGCUCCAUCCCUGCAUCCCAGAGAGAGGCAGCUCCAUCCCAACAUCCCAGAGAGAGGCAGCUCCAUCCCUGAAUCCCAGAGAGAGGCAGCUCCAUCCCAGCAUCCCAGAGAGAGGCAGCUCCAUCCCUCAUCCCAGAGAGAGGCAGCUCCAUCCCUGAAUCCCAGAGAGAGGCAGCUCCAUCCCUGCACCCCGGAGAGAGGCAGCUCCAUCCCUCAUCCCAGAGAGAGGCAGCUCCAUCCCAGCACCCUGGAGAGAGGCAGCUCCAUCCCAGCACCCUGGAGAGAGGCAGCUCCAUCCCUCAUCCCAGAGAGAGGCAGCUCCAUCCCUGCAUCCCAGAGAGAGGCAGCUCCAUCCCAACAUCCCAGAGAGAGGCAGCUCCAUCCCUGAAUCCCAGAGAGAGGCAGCUCCAUCCCUGAAUCCCAGAGAGAGGCAGCUCCAUCCCAGCACCCCAGAGAGAGGCAGCUCCAUCCCUGAAUCCCAGAGAGAGGCAGCUCCAUCCCUGCAUCCCAGAGAGAGGCAGCUCCAUCCCUGCAUCCCAGAGAGAGGCAGCUGCAUCCCAGCACCCUGGAGAGAGCCAAAUCCUCCCAGAGAGGCCAAACCCCCAGGGAUGCUCCAAACCCUCUGCUCUGUGGACACUUCCCACCCUCUCUGUCUGCAGGCCACCCAAGGAGCCCUUGUUUUAUUUCCAGAUCAUCCCUCUCUGGCUGGAGAAAGCUGGGGGUGCAAAGAUAACAGAACUCUGUCUGACAGAGUGCCCUUUCCAGCCCUUUGCCAAAAAAACAUCCUUGAUUUGUUACCACAGCCUGCAAUCUCAGCCAUGCUGGGCUCAGAAAGAAUUAUUAAAAGGCCAUUUUGCCUCGAAACAUUUCCACUUUUAUAGCCUUAAACAUCCAGGUCCGUGCGUUUCGGUUCCUACAAUCACGAUGCAAGGAUUGGAAGGUGAUCAAGUGUCAGAGUUUUCCAGUGCCUGGGAGAAUUCAAUGCCUGGGCAUUAUGUUCACCUGAUAAAAAUGAUUUCACACCUAACUCCACCCAUUAAUCAAAAAGGUCAGUACAAUAAAUAGUUUUUUAUCUUUCCUGCCAGAAACCUUUCUUCCCCGUGGUCUUAGGAGCUGAGUGCAAGAGAAGAUGUAGACAAAAGAGUAGGAUCUCAAAGACUGGCUGAUCAAUGCCAUACGGAGGCAUGAAUUAUUGUUGAGAACUUUGGGGAGAAAUGGAGUGCUCUGAUGCCAGGGAGAGGCAAUAUUGCCUGAGUUUUCAACCUCCAGGCACUAAAGGGGA